AAUAAGAGCAGGCCAGGGUAUAUAAAGCCUCCCCUUUCCCGCCAUUGCAGAGGUGUAUUUUGUGCUGUGCCCCUUCUCAGCACUCAGCAGCGAUAACAGUUGAAGACACAGAAAACAAGCAAGAGAGGCAGCUGAAGAUGUUGUGGGUGGACAAAUAUCGUCCCAAAACCCUCGACCAGGUUAUGGUCCACACCGACAUCGCUCAUAAUCUCAAGAAAUUGGUAACGGAACAGGAUUCCCCCCAUUUACUCUUCUAUGGCCCAUCUGGCUCUGGCAAGAAAACCCUAAUCAUGGCUCUUCUCCGCCAAAUGUUUGGACCUGGUGCUGAAAAGGUGAAGGUGGAAAAUAGGACCUGGAAAAUCGACGCUGGGAGUAGAUCUCUUGAUUUAGAGCUGACAACAUUAUCAAGUGCCAAUCACAUUGAAAUGAGUCCGAGUGAUGCAGGGUUUCAGGAUAGAUACAUUGUUCAGGAAGUAAUCAAAGAAAUGGCUAAGAAUAGACCCAUUGAUACUAAGGGGAAGAAAGGAUUUAAAGUACUUGUGCUCAAUGAUGUUGACAAACUCUCUAGAGAAGCCCAACACUCUCUCCGCAGAACAAUGGAGAAAUACAGUGCUUAUUGCAGAUUAAUUCUAUGUUGCAAUAGUUCUUCUAGAGUCACAGAAGCAAUCCGCUCUCGAUGUCUCAAUGUGCGAAUAAAUGCACCAAGUGAAGAACAGAUUGUUCAAGUUUUAGAAUUCAUUGGUAAGAAAGAAGGACUGCAACUUCCUCCUGGUUUUGCUGCUCGCAUUGCAGAGAAAUCAAAUCGGAAUUUAAGGAGGGCCAUAUUGUCGUUUGAGACUUGUCGUGUCCUACAGUAUCCUUUCACUAACAAACAAGCAAUUCCUCCAAUGGACUGGGAAGAGUAUAUUUCUGAGAUUGCAUCUGACAUAAUGAAGGAACAGAGCCCAAAAAGGUUGUUUCAAGUUCGAGGAAAGCUCUAUGAGCUGCUAAUCAAUUGCAUUCCUCCGGAGAUCAUUUUAAAGAGGCUUCUUUAUGAGCUAUUGAGGAAACUGGAUGCAGAACUAAAGCAUGAAGUAUGUCAUUGGGCUGCAUAUUAUGAAUACAGGAUGCGUCUCGGACAGAAGGCGAUCUUUCACAUUGAAGCAUUUGUGGCCAAGUUCAUGAGCAUUUAUAAAUCCUUCCUUAUUGCAACAUUCGGCUGAAGGUCAGAUGAUGGCAGUUUGCUUUUCCAUGAUUCAACGUGUUAAAUGAAUUAUGUACUGGAAAUUAAUUCUAAAAUAAAUGGAGUUUUUUCAUGUUGGUUUUCUCUUCAUGUAUGCAUCAAUUGCGACAGAAUGAUGUUUCGUUUGUAAAGGUGUUGCUUUAUUAAAUUGCGUAGACUUCGCUUGAUGCUUGAUCCCCUGCGCAACCCAAGAUUAAGUAUAUGAACAAUUUAAUUUUAGAAUGAUGGUUUGUAUUAUUGAAUUCGAAAUUUGACUCAAAUAAUUGAAUGAAAUUUAUGCACCA